AUGUCCCCACUCCCAACCCCAAACCCCACCCCCAUCACCAAAUCCUCUCUCAUCGGCGCCUGGACCCUCAUCUCCUACAUCGCCGAGCCCCCGAAUCCCCAAGAUGAUGAGGCUCCCACCCACUACUACCCCAUGGGCCCGGACGUCCGCGGUACCCUCGUCUAUACCCCAGACGGCCAGGUGACCGUGAGCGUGUUGCCGAAAGUUGCCAAGAAGGUGUGGGAGAAUUCUAAUGAUGGGGUGAUGUACGCGGGCCGGUACUGGAUUGAAUACAGUGGUAGUAGCGAUGACGGUGAUGCUGGUGAUGGGGAUGAGAGGCAGCAGCAGCAGCAGCAGGGCCGCGUCCCGAUUGUGCAUCAUGAGGUCGACAUGGCGUCUUCGGUGGAGUUCGAGGGGUCGCAGAAGCGGCAGGCUGUGAUUUCUCCCGAGGGGAGGUUGAGGUUGUCUGGGUUGGGAUUGAUGGAGGUGGGGACGGAGCAGAAGAUGAAGCCGGUGUUGGUGUGGGAGAGGGUUAGUCGGGCUUGA